CUCAAUAUAAUAUUCAUUUACUCGGAAUCAAAUCAAAACGCCUCGACGUGAUAAAUUAUCAUCCCGUCCUCAUUCCAAUAUGGGGCGGGGACGUGGAGUUGCCAUUCAGGAGACUAUUGAAGAAUGUCGUGACACGAUUUCGGAUAGAAUUCAGUAUAAUCUUGGUUUGAAUGAAAGCAAAGUUGUUCUAAUGGAUAUAGUUACUGGUCCAAAUCAAAACGUUAGUUUACAAGAAAGAACUAAAAGAUGGAUGGCAGUGUCUGUGGACGCAAGAAUGACAAAAUUCAAAAAGAAUUUCUACCCAACAAAUCAAAAAAAUUCCAAGAAUAUUUCGAAAGAUCUCGAUCCACCUAUUCAACGAGUAGAUGCACAUAUUGUAACUCCAGUGGCUGGAAAAUGUGGAAUGCCUCUUCAGAAAUUUCCUGAAUUCAAACACGAUCACGAGAAAAUCAAGAUCGAAAGGGAUGCGAAAUACGUUGACUAUUCAGUCGAUGAAUUUGACAUGAGUUGGAUGUCUAUUAUGAACGCGAAAAGGACAAAAUUGGGUCUCGAAAUAUUUUCAGUCGCAAUUUACGAACAUUGGGUCGAUCGGCUGGAAAAAAUGUGCAUUUGGAAGCCGAAAGAGUUCCAUAAGCUGAAAGAUGAAAACGGAGAGGAACUUGAUGAUGUCUGUAACAUUUGCCUUGAUGGAGAUACAUCAAAUUGCAAUCAAAUCGUUUAUUGUGAUCGUUGUAACCUGUCAGUUCAUCAAGAUUGUUAUGGUAUACCAUUCAUACCAGAAGGAUGUCUUGAAUGUCGAAGAUGUGGAAUAUCACCAGCAGGUCGUGUUAAUUGUGUGUUAUGUCCAUCAACAACUGGAGCAUUUAAACAAGUUGAUCAAAAGAGAUGGGUUCAUGUUCUCUGUGUCAUUUGGGUCGAUGAAACACAUUUUGGAAAUACAAUUUUUAUGGAAAAUGUGCAAAAUGUUGAGAAAGCAUUACAUGAUCGUCGUGCUCUCAGCUGCCUCCUGUGCAAAAAUCGACAAAAUGCUCGGAUGGGAGCCUGUAUUCAAUGCUCCGAGACAAAAUGUACUGCUUCAUUCCAUGUUACAUGCGCUAGAGACAGUGGUCUAGUGAUGCGAAUAAAUGAAACAGAAGAUGGACAAGUUAAUCGAUUUGUAUGGUGUCCAAAACAUGCUCCACCGCUCACUGAUGCCGAUCGAGAAAUGAGACAGUUGAUGUUAAGGAAUGCUAGACGAGAAAAUGAAAGAAAAGGACCUAUGAUAAGUAUGCCAACUUUGAUGAAAUCAAUGAUUUCAACAAUCUGCGUCGAACGUCCAUUCUCUGAUUACUCUGAAAUCAUCUAUUUUUGGUACGAAAAACGAUUGAAUCGACUCGGAGCGCCUCUUCUCAAGAAUUUUACGCAAGGUGCAUCAAAGUCACGCAGACUUUUACCCAAAAGUACGAUUUGUGGUCAAUUGAAGAAUGUUGAAACUUGUGAAAUGAAGAAACAAGUAAAUGCAGUGAAAGAGUCAUUAGCCUCUGGAUUGGAAAUUUUUGAUAUGAUUGUUCGACGAGAAGAAAGGAAAAAGGAUAUGCUGAACUCGUACAUCAGAAUGUUUGAACGUGGUUUCAAACCGACCGAACUGUUGUGUCAAGAAGUUAUCGAAGCUUUGAAAACAAUCGAUGCUGGAAAAGUUUUCGCGGAGCCGGUUGAGCUUGUAGGCUAUACUGAUAUCAUCGAAAAUCCAAUUUGCCUGAAAGAUAUGUCUGAAAAAGCUGCAUCUGGCAAAUAUUCCACCGUUGCUGCACUGUCCGCUGAUGUUCAACUGAUGCUCUCAAAUUGUGCCACUUUCAAUAAGGGAAAUCGUGUUUAUAUUAAGUACGGUAACACAUACCGGAAGGACAGUACUCCGAUCUUAGAAAUCGCUGAAAAAGAAGAAGUCGAGCGAUUAGCGUUGAAAACCGAUGAGAAGUUUAUGACACAGUUAUUGAAUGGAGUUAUGGUUGAGUACAACGGAUGGGCACAAUCACGAAAUGAAGUAGCUAAAGAAAUUCCACCACCAACACCGUCAAGAGGCAGAGGCACAGGAAGACGUCGUCAGAAUCCAUUUUUAGAUGUUCAGGAAUUGGAUACCGAUGAUUCUAAGGAUUCUAGCGCACUUUCAGAAAUACCUGGAAGCUCUAAGAAGUCGAGCAGGAAACGUGGAAUUCAGGAUACUAAGAUGGAGGAAGACGAAGAAAUUAAACCAUCGACAUCUGGAACAAACGCAGUGGCGUCUGUGCCGUUGCUCUCAUCGUCCAGGGAGUCGAAAAAUAAAUCUAAAUCUUCUGAUGCAGACGUCUCAAGCCCAAAAUCAUCUUGGCUUGGAUCGCCCAGCACUUCUCAGAAUUUGCGACGACGUGUCCAAGGAUUCUCGGGAAAUGAAUCAUCUCCCAAAGUUCACAAGAAAUUAUCAACGGAUAAUCCAUCGAACAGUAACCUUCGUCAGACGACGUUAACCAAUUUUUUCGGGACAAAUCCAAAGACACAGCAACAAGUGACAUUUGCAGAUAUGACAGCGACACCUUCAGGAAGCGGAAAUAAAAAUGUUUCACAAAGAUCUCUAUUUGACACUCCAAGUACCUCCAAAGCUUCAUCUUUCACAUCUCUAUCAUCUACUCGCCCUUCAACCAGAAGUACUUCUAUUAUUCCAACUAUCAAUAAGAAAAAUGCAUUCCGAAUGUCAUCAGCAUCUAUUCAAAGUCCAUUGCCAACGACGAAAAAGAUUGGAGUUCGAGCUAUGGCAACUGAUGAUGAAGAAGAAGAUAUAGUUAUUCAACCUCCUCCAAAAGAAAUGACAACUCAAGAAUUGGAAGCUGAAAAACUGAAAUCAGCUGAAAAUGAAGCUAUGUCAAAGUUCGCACACAAUCAAUUGGUUAUUGUUGAUGGAAGAGCUGCAAAAGUAAUCGAAUCUCGACUUGCUCACUUGGCUUCCGAUAUUCAUCACGAACAAAGACAAUCAAUGAUGAAAAAGCGUCGGGAAGUACUCUCUGAAAUCCCUCAAGCCGCAGUUAUUUAUGUGGAAUUCUUUCAAAAGUCGAACACUUUAGAGAAUUUCCAAUGGGUGACGCCUGACAAAGUGGAACUUCUCGAUUUGAAUAAUAUCGGCCAACGAUCACCUAAAAUUCCCGGUUUGAAAGCUGCAAAAGAGUGGCACCAAAAAGUUCUCAACGGCGAAGAUGUCUAAGUCUCAUCAUUUACAUGACAACAACUUUUCGUGUUUUCAGUCAUUUUACAUUUUCAAUCAACAAAACUAUUGUAUUAUAUAUCAUGUUAUACAUAAUAUUUUCUUAUUCGUCUCCUCAAUCACCACUGAAACGUGUUCCGAUUAUCCGGAAAUUUUCCACACUUAUUGACAUUUCUUACCGUAUUUCCCAUGGUUUUUUGUAUCAUGUGAUCCUCGCCCCCUUUAAAAUUGUUCGCUAGAAAUUUACCAAAACAGUAGAAAUCAACAAAUUUAUCUAUUUCUCUUUUGCAAAAACCAGUUUUUUUGGUCCCCGUUGACUCGUUGUUUCCUUUUUUCCAUAUCAAUCGAUCUAUCCUCACUCCGAAUUUCACUACUUUAUCGCAAAUUUUUGUCCAUGGUUAAUUAAUUGAAACCAGAACAAUUGGAAAUAUUUACCUUUUUUCACGCAAUUUACUGUAAAAUACCACGUCAAUAAAUUUAAUUUUACGCAUCUUAAAAAAUGCCUAC